CCGUCUUCCUUUCUCAGCAACCCAACUAAAUUCACAUUUUUUCUCUUUGACUCUUUUAAGAACCGUAGGUAGCCUCUCUGUCACUCUUUCUCUUGCAAUAACCAUUUUUAUCUCUCUCUCUCUCUCUUUAUAAUCAUCAGUUCUGUUUUGAUUUCAUCAGACACACAGCCUUUCAAAAUUCUGUUUCUAUUCAUAAAGUUGAGAAGAAAAAUACAUUGAUUCCAUUUGGUCUCUCAGGGAAAUGAGAAGAAUGGAUUGAGCAGUUAUCUGUUGUUUCUUGUUUGUGGAGUGGAGAUGGAGUUGUUUUCGCCAUUUAAUGUUGUUUGUUGGUUGUGGGUCUCUCUAGUCCUGUUGCUGGUGAAUAGUGGAGUAGUAUUUUCUGAUUCCAAGUAUUUGGUUGGACUUGGAAGCUAUGAUAUUACAGGACCUGCUGCUGAUGUUAAUAUGAUGGGAUAUGCUAACAUAGAGCAGAUUGCUUCUGGAGUUCACUUUAGGUUGCGGGCUCGAUCUUUUAUCGUGGCGGAGCCACAGGGGAACCGGGUAGUAUUUGUGAAUCUGGAUGCUUGUAUGGCCUCACAGCUUGUGGUUAUUAAAGUAAUGGAGAGGUUGAAGGCAAGGUAUGGGGAUCUCUAUACUGAAAAGAAUGUUGCUAUUAGUGGUAUUCACACCCAUGCUGGUCCAGGGGGAUAUCUGCAGUACGUUGUGUAUAUUGUAACAUCUCUUGGAUUUGUGCGUCAAUCAUUUGAUGUUCUUGUAGAUGGCAUUGAGAAGAGCAUAAUACAAGCUCAUGAGAAUCUUCGUCCCGGAUCAAUUUUUGUGAAUAAGGGAGAGCUUUUAGAUGCUGGUGUAAAUCGCAGUCCAAGUGCAUAUCUUAAUAAUCCUACAGAGGAGCGUAACAAAUACAAAUAUGAUGUUGACAAAGAAAUGACUCUUUUAAAGUUUGUUGAUGAUGAGUGGGGUCCAGUGGGUAGCUUCAAUUGGUUUGCUACUCAUGGAACUUCCAUGAGUCGUACAAACUCUUUGAUUAGUGGAGAUAACAAGGGUGCUGCUGCACGAUUUAUGGAGGACUGGUUUGACAAGAAGAGUGUUGGAAGCCCAUAUUCUGACGAAACUAUAGCCGAUGGACUCCCUAGAAGAGUCUCAAAUAUAAUUCCACAUCUACGUAAUAAUCACCAUGAGCUCCUAGAGCUUGCUGCAUCCUUCCAGUCUCCUCCUGGCAGGCCAGCAACCAAAAUUCUGAGUGUUGCAAGACGUGUCAGAAGUAUUCUUAGGCAGGCUGAAAAACCUGGAUUUGUAUCUGCAUUUUGUCAAUCCAACUGUGGUGAUGUUAGCCCCAAUGUGCUUGGAGCCUUUUGUAUAGACACUGGGCUACCUUGUGACUUCAAUCACAGUACCUGUGGUGGGAAGAAUGAGUUAUGCUAUGGCCGAGGACCAGGUUAUCCUGAUGAGUUUGAAAGUACACGUAUUAUUGGGGAGAGGCAAUUCAGAAAAGCUGUGGAACUUUUUAACAAAGCAUCUGAGGAACUGAAUGGGAAGGUUGACUUUCGUCACACUUACCUAGACUUCUCCCAGCUUGAAGUGACACUUCCUAAACCAGGGGGAGUUUCUGAGGCAGUGAAAACUUGUCCUGCUGCAAUGGGGUUUGCGUUUGCUGCAGGAACAACAGAUGGGCCUGGUGCUUUUGAUUUUAAGCAAGGAGAUGACAAGGGAAAUGCCUUCUGGAGGUUGGUUCGUAACUUCUUGAAAACACCAGGCAAGGAACAGGUUGAUUGUCAGCAUCCAAAGCCCAUCUUACUUGAUACCGGUGAAAUGAAGGAACCAUAUGAUUGGGCACCCUCAAUACUUCCAAUCCAGAUCCUCAGGUUGGGCCAGCUAGUCAUUCUUAGUGUUCCAGGAGAAUUUUCUACUAUGGCUGGGAGGCGUCUUCGAGAUGCUGUGAAGGCAGUGCUCACAAGUGGAAACAAAGAAUUUAAUAACAACAUUCAUGUUGUUAUAGCUGGAUUGACUAAUACAUACUCACAGUAUGUUACCACAUUCGAGGAGUAUGAAGUGCAGAGAUAUGAAGGUGCAUCCACUCUAUUUGGUCCACACACACUUAGUGCAUAUAUCCAGGAGUUCACGAAGCUCGCAAGCAGCCUUAUCAGUGGUCAAACUUUGCAGCCUGGUCCACAACCCCCUGAUCUCCUAAAUAGGCAACUAAGCUUACUUACACCAGUUGUGCUGGAUGCAACCCCUCCUGGUGUAAAUUUUGGUGAUUGCAGCUCUGAUGUUCCAAAGAAUUCUACCUUCAAGAGAGGUGACACGGUGACGGUUGUUUUCUGGUCAGCAUGCCCCAGGAAUGACCUCAUGACUGAAGGUACAUUUGCCCUUGUGGAGAUCCUUGAGGGAAAGGAUACAUGGGUACCUGCUUAUGACGAUGAUGAUUUCUGCCUCCGGUUUAAAUGGUCGAGACCUUCAAGACUAAGUGCACGCAGUCAGGCAACAAUGGAGUGGAGGAUCCCUCAGUCUGCUACUCCUGGUGUCUACAGAAUAAGACAUUUUGGUGCUGCAAAGAGCCUUCUGGGUUCGAUCCGCCAUUUUACUGGCUCAUCUAGUGCUUUUGUUGUAGUAUGAUUGUACUUAUUCUGAUACUGUAAUCACACUGUCUCUGUCUUGUAUUUGUUUUGAACUGCAGAUUAUGUAAUAGGGAAAAUUUUACGAUUUUAUCCUUGUAUUUUACCAUAAUAUAUAACCUUGUCCUAAUUUUAGAAAUACAUAGUUUUUUCCUUAUU